CGCCAUGGCUUCUCCAGGGAUUAGAACGGGCAAGGUGGUAACGUUUGUAGUCCUAGUACUCUUUAUAAACGCUGCUCACUGCGAAGAAAAGAAACCAGACAUAAAAAAGAAGGCUGUUAAGACAGCUCUUGAGCCACUGAAAGCGGCAGCGACUGCACAGACAGGCUGGUACGAAGGCGCCGGUGGAUCCCAAUCCUGGUCUUCGGGAGGACAAAGCUAUGGUGCUGGUGACGGUGGAGCUGGCCUUGCCUCCUGGGCUGACAGUGGCAGAGGAUCAUCGAGCUUCGGUGGAGGAGUCGGUGGAUCUGGACCGUGGGCUGAUGCCGGCAAGGGCAGUGCUGGUGGUGGCUUUGGUGGUGCUGGGCCCUGGGCCGACUCUGGAAGUGGUGGAUUCGGUGGAAGUUCCGGACCAUGGCAGAGUUCUGGUAAAGGAUCGAGUGGUUCUGGCUUCACUGCGGGCGCCGGACCUUGGGCUGGCGCUGGAAAAGGGUCAAGUGGCGGCUACGGAGGCGGCCUUGAUUCGUGGGCUGGCGCAGGGAAUGGUGGUGGUUUUGGUGGCACUGGCAAAACCUUUGGAGGCGGAGGAGGAGCUGUUGGACCCUGGGACCAAGCCGGAGGAGUUGGCGUCGGAAAAAUUGGCGGCGGUGGUGGUGGUGCGUCAUGGGCUCAGAAUGGUGGCUUCAGUGCUGGUGGAAAAGGAAGUGGAUGGGACUUCUCUCAGGGAUCCAAGUUCGGCGGAAGUUUCGGAGGUGCUGGUGGAAAAGCUGAUAGCUGGGACUUUUCACAAGGGUCAAAAUUUUCAGGUGGCGCUAAUUCCUGGGAUCAAGGUGCUUUAGGGGGUGGAAAACUUGGUGGUGCUGGUGGUGGUGCGUCCUGGUCACAAGGACAAUUUGGUGGCAGCAAAUCGGGCUAUGGUGGAGGUGCGUCGUGGGACCAAGGUGGUAAAUCAUUCUCCCAGAAUGCUCAAAGUGGACCAUGGAGGGGCAAGACAGCUGUAGCUCAAGAUUCUUGGACGCCGAGUGGUGCAGGAGGCUAUGGAAAAACAUCUACUACUGGUGUAGGUCCAUGGGCUCAAGGAGUUGGUGCAGGAAAAGGAUUUGGUGGUGUGGAUGCUUGGCUUCAGGACAGUCCAGCUGGUGGAGGCUCAUGGGCACAAAGUGGAGCUGGAAAUGGUAAGCCAGCAUCCGGAGCUGGUCCAUGGGCGCAAGUGGGUGGUGCUAAUGGUAAAGCAAGCUAUGGAUCUGGGCCUUGGUACGGUGGCUUUGCUGGUGGUAAAGGUGGAAACGGAGGUGGUGGCGCAUCUUGGACCAAUGGAGGAAAUGGUGCCGGAGGAAAGAAAGUACAAUUGGCAGGUCCAUGGGACUCUGGCAGUUCCGCAGGUUCCGCUAAGGGAGGAGCAGGACCUUGGGCACAAGGUGGAGGUGGAUAUGGUAAUGGUGGGACUAGGAGCUUUGGUGGCCCAGGACCAUGGGCAGGAGCAGGAAAUGGAGCAGGAAAUAGUGGCGGAUAUAAGAGCUUUGGUGGACCAGGGCCCUGGGCAGGUGCAGGUAAUGGUGGAGGCAGCAGUGCGGGGAUGAAGAAUGCAGGCGGACCAGGCCCUUGGGCUAGUAUCGGAAGUGGAGCAGGAAACGGUGCAGGACCUAAGAGCUAUGGAGGACCUGGACCCUGGGCAGGUGCAGGAAACGGUGCAGGAGCAAGAAGCUUCGGUGGAGCAGGGUCAUGGGCAGGUGUCGGAAAUGGCGGUGGUUCCAAAUUCAGCUCACAACAAGCAUCAUGGGACCAAGGAGGAUAUGGUGGGAACGGAAAAGCAGGUGGACCAAAACCUUGGGCUGGAGUAAGCGCUAAUGGUGCCGGUCGCGGAUCUUGGUCCGGUGGUGGUCAGGGAAGUUACGGAGGGGGUGCAGGUGCACCAGGACCUUGGGACAGCGGUAAAGUAGCUGGCGCUGGAGCAUCAUGGGACCAAGGUGGAUUUGGUGGUGGAAAAGGAGGAGCACCGGGCCCAUGGGCUGGAAAAGGGCGGUCUAACGGAUUUUCUCAACCUGACCUUGGAAGAUUCCCUGCUUCAUCUGGUCCCUGGGACCAGGGAUCGUACGGAGGAGCGGGAAAGGAGGUAGUGCGGGCGGCCCAUGGGACAGCGGUAGCAACGGGGGAGGCACAGGCACACCGGGUGGACCCUGGUCGGGGGUUGGAGGCAAUGGAAAAGUGUCUGGCGGGCUCGGAGGAGGAAGCUCUUGGACCCAGGGUGGCGCAGGGGCAAGUGUGUCUGGUCCGGGACCUUGGGAUCAGGGAGGAUAUGGUACGAGAAAGGGAGGUAAUGGGGGCGGAGCCGGUGGGCCUUGGGACAGUGGCUCAAAAUUUAAUGGUGCGGGGGCCUCUUGGAGUGGAAACGGGAAUGGUUUCGGUGGUGGAAAAGGUUUUGGUGGGGGCGGCGGCAGCUCAUGGUCUCAAAAUGGCAAUGGCAAAUAUGGAGGUGGAAAUGCAGGUGUAUCGUGGACACAAACAAUGUUCGGAGGCACUGCAAGCGGACCAUGGCAACAAGGUGGUUACGGAGGUCAGGACUCCUGGGCUGCAAAGGGAGGUGCUGGUAAUGGCAAAUUUGGCAAUGGUGGUGCCGGACCCUGGCAGGGUGCUGGUGGGGGAGGAGAUGGUGGUGGCUGGCAGGCUGACCAGGGAAGCGUUGGAGUCUGGAUCGGAGAUGUCAGCCAGAAGAGUAGAGGCGGCUUCGGUCCGCAGGCAGGUGGAAGACGGAGAAAUAAUUACUUGCCAUCCCAAGGUGGUGCUAGCUGGGAUGGACAAGCAGGCGGACAAUUUGGUAGUGGUGGCGGCGGUAGCUGGGAUGGCGGCGCAUCGCAGAAAGGCCGCGGUGGUUUCGGUGGAGGACAAGGAGGUGGUGUGGGUAAAGUGAAAUGGAGCUUUAGCAGAAACGAUCCUUGGGCCCAACCUCAAACCUGGUCUGGUUCCUGGACGACAGACGGAGCGGCGCAGCAGUACACAUCCGUAGGAGUCGGGCAGAUGAUGUUCGGUGGUGUUGCGGACUGGAUGACGGCAGACAAGUACAGCUCCAAGUAUGGAGGGGGUGCUGGUGGAGGAGGAUGGCAGCAGCAGCUUGGAGCUGGUAGCCAAGGCUCCUGGAGUGGAGGCGGAGGUGGUGGUAGCAAGUGGUGACCACUCAUCCAUCGUACUGCAUGGCUUCAGAUGCCAUGAACAAUUUCUUGAAGAAGGGACACCGCACGCCAGCAAUCAAUGGCUCAUCGUUGAUGCAAGCAAUAUUUUGUGCAGCUUCUAAUCGUCUUUUGUCCAGAGCAAUGCUCUAAUAUGUAAAAUUUAAGAAUUCUUCAAUUGUACAAAUGCUGCAGUAUAAUAUACGCAUUUUUAUCGCAAUCAUUAUAUUCAACUUCGUUAAAAACAUCCUACGCACUUGAACAAAAGAUCUGUUGUGUUUAAUUGAAUGUUGUCUGUGUUGUUCAGCUGAAUGGUAUUUUUUUUCGCAUACUCGAGUCGCCGUGUAUCAUAAGAGUUUAUCAUAUGUUGGUUGUAUGUGUGCCAAGACUGAUUUUUGUCUGUUGACAGGAUGGCAAACUUGUUUCACAGUUUUUCAAGCGCGCUGGCUUUCGCGGUCCUUUUUUGUUGUCACGUGAUAGCAACCAGCUACGUUUGUUAAUGUUAAUGUUAAUGUGCCUUCUUCGUGGACUUCGUUGAAUACUGCGGGUGCACGAGAGCUUUGUUUCGUGCGUCUGUCCUUGUUCGUAUUCAAAUAAAGUAUUUACGUGAAAACACUCAA